GGAGGUUUCUGAGGCUUCUCUGGAUUUGCCGUGACGCGCGGUGUUGUUUCAUGUCUGGGAGCCCACUGAGGCAGUGAACAACCGAGCCGUUUACGGAAAGGGAGAAGCUGUCCGAGAAGAGCCGCCUGGAUUGAUAGACGAAAUGGAUGAAGAGGAGCAGUUUGUGAACAUUGAUCUGAAUGAUGACAAUAUCUGCAGUGUCUGCAAGUUAGAGACUGAAACGGGGACCCUAUCUUUCUGCCACGUCUGCUUUGAACUCAGCAUCGAGGGAGUCUCCUCUGCUUCCUUGUUACACUCCAAGUCGCUGCGUGGCCACAGAGACUGCUUUGAGAAAUGCCACCUGAUUGCCAACCAGAAGCUUUCCCAUUCCAAGGUCUCGCGAAGUGCCUAUGAGGGCAUGAAGCUGGCCCUCAGCCAGAAACUGAAUCGGAUCAUCCAGUUUGCCCAGAACAAAGACACUCUCUCCACCAACGGCUGCAGCAAGCGGGGGGCAAAGCUCCUUUGUUACAGCCAGCAGAGUGAGCGCAGCCUGCUGCCACAGUCUGAUGCUCAGGUGCCCCGCUAUACUCCCUGCUGGGACAGGGCCAAAGCAACAGGGCUGCCUGAAUACGCGAAGGGGAUGCUGGAGAGUCAAACAGCUGAGGAGGCGGAGCUUCUGCACGAUUCUCAGUCUGGUGGUUGGAGCAGGGAUGGAAGAAAGGAUCUGCACAGCUGGAAGCAGUCAUCAGGACAGAUGCAGCACAGAAACCAGGGGCACAACAGAGAUGAAUUGAUUAAAAUGAGUGUGGAUGAGCUCCAUCAGCUGAACGGCCAACUGUUGAAGCAGAUUGAAAAGGUCUUUGAGGAGCUGACGGCUGCAGUGCAGGAGAAGGAUGCCUUGGCGUCAGAGCUGCACGUGCGUCACAUUGCCAUCGAGCAGCUCUUUAAGAACUGUGCCAAACUGCCCUGGCUUCACAUCAGCAGGGCUGGUGUGAAGGCCAGCACCAGUGGUUCCACCGUGGAAUGAAGUGCUGGAAGAUGGCAGCAGGUCAAAAGGUGGAGUUUCUGCUACUGCUGAGAAAGUGGAGUGCUUCAGCUUGGAGGAGUGUGCAAGGCUGAAAGCAUCUGGAUUCUGCUGGACUUUUACACUACGGUGCCAUUGGGCUACCAGUUCUGCAUUCGCACAGUGAUCAUGGGCUCGGUUAUUUACUGGUUGCAGUGAUCAUGCCAGGAUUAUUAGUAGUUGGCAGAUGAAUUGCUGCUCCUGUUGUAGCUUGAAUUCCAACCUGCACAGAUAUACCUGGACUGGAUCAGCAUCGGUGUUUUAAUGAGCUGCAGGUUCUUAAGGACAAACAUUUUAGAGGCAAAACGGCAUGUUUGAAUUGACUUCAAUAUUUGCUGGUGUUUUUCUUUUAUUGUGAAUUUUAUUUUGUAUGCUCUUAAAUAAUUCAGUUUUUACUGUUCAGUUUCAGUUUGUUCAAUACAUUUUUACCUUCCCAGAAUAAGGUAGCUAUAACUACAUUCAUCUUUUAUUAUUUCUCAACUCUCCGUCACGUCAUCAGAUUGUUUUCAGUUAAAGUCAUAAUCAGUAUUUUAGGCAUUGUGAAAUGCUUAAACUUCCCAUAUUCAAGCUUUUUCCUGGCUGCACAGUAAUUGCUUGAAAUGGUUUUAAAUGAGCCUCCAGCUUGUCCUGAAACCGCUGUGUUUGGACUCGAUCUCACCCGUUGCCAAGUCGUACCUGCAGUUGGUACCUACGCGUUCCCUCAUCCCUUCCAUUUUGUAAACAAACCAUCGCAUAUCAUUUCAUUUUUCUUUGCAAAUAAGCAUUUUCAUGAAAUACGGAGAUAAAUGGUCAUAAAAUAUUUUAAUAGUUGUUAUUUUUCUGAAAGCUUUAUAUGACAUCAUAUUUCCAUUUAUCUUGAUUCUGGACCCUGUUUCAGCUGACUAUUUUGGUCCUCGGUCAAGGCUAAAAAACUAACCUCUGACCUCCAAUUGAGAAAUAUUGUUUAUUUGAGUUAUAAACCCAUAUUUCCUCACAGUGCACAAUGAGUAAGUUAUAGAAAAAUCACUUCAGACAACUGGUUGUUAAGUAGGCGUGAAAUGUCCCGCUAGGAUUGUUUUUUUUUUUUUUUUUUCUUUUGCAAGGUUUCUAAUUAUGUUGAGAAUAUCCAGAAACGUUGAACCUCUGUUAACCAAACAACUUGUGGAAUCGUCACUCCUUACUGUGUCUUUGUAGAACCUCUUAUUUCUGCUGGGAUUUCCUUUAAAUUUAAUACAGAGCCUGAUCUCUGUUGUUUAGCUAUCAAGCACAAGUACUUCGGCCGGUUUUACACUUAAUGAGCCCUGUCAGAACAAGAAAACACGAACUAAGGAAAAGGAAAUCUAAUUGCAAUACCAAAGUCUGUUCUGCAUUUCAUAUCUAUGAACUACAAGCAUGUGACAUGAGCAGAUGAUGAUGUAAUACCAAACAGACUUUAAAAUCCAUGUUGCUUCUACUUAGGUGAAGCUGUGGCAGAAGUUGUUUUCAGAACUUGCAGAACAUUACUGAUUUAUUCUCUUUAUUUGAUCAUUGUUGAUAACUCGUCCUCUCUGCUGUUUAAAUGUGUCGGAGCAAUACAAACAGGGCGCUUUGGUCUUCAGUGCCUAUGGAUUUCCCUAACUUCUGGACAAAGGAAGAAAAAGAUCUAUGAACCCUAUGCAAGAUACAGACUUAAACAUCAAUAGGCCUUAUUGAGAAAAAAUAUCGGUUUGACUUUUCCUCAGUGGUAGUCACUGAUUUAAGAGUUUUUCUAAGAUUGUGUUGGUAAAGACAAACUUAGAAGUGGUUUGAUGUUUAGAAAAACUCAGUGUUAUCUGUGUAUUUUGCUCUCUUUGUAAGAGAUUAGAUGUUUUUGACCCUUUUUAGGGUCUAAAGAAAUAUUUAUCGCUCAGUUUUAAACUUUUUUUCAUGGUUUCAAUUAGACAAAUAUAUGAAGUUUGCUUGAGUGUGUUUUUGAUUGUUUUUUACAGUAGAAUUUUAGUCAUGAAAUCUUCAGUUAUACAUUUGUUUUUUCUCAAUAUGGAUGCUGUGUUUUUGUAUGCUGUUAAAACAUGUCUCCUCGCUCAGUGGGAGAACCAGUUUUUUUUUGGAUCUGUCUGAUUUUAUUGUGGUUCCACUAUCUCCUACUGAAAAUGUAACUAUAUCUGUUCCACUUCCACAUUAGUUGUAGCCUGACUGUUCAUUUCUUUACAUUUUGUUCAUGGCUGAAUUUGUCUUUGAUGUUUUACAGUAUAUUUAUUGUGUGUGGAAAUAAUUUGUCAUUUGAAUUGUGCUUGACUAAUUUUUUUCAACAAAAUAAAAAUACAGAUAUUUUACAUAAUCUGAUA